AUUUGAUCCAAUGUGUCAAAAAUUGUUUUGUAGGUUAGAAAUGAUUAAAAAUGAAACUGGUAAUAAAAUAAAUAAUAUCGUAGAAAGUAAAUUAUGGAAAACAUGUUUUAAUUCUUAAGAGUGUUCGAUUCAUCAACUUAUAAAUAUCCUUUAAUGAUGGGAGAUUGCAAAAUGAUGAGUAAUCGUAAAAGAUUUUGUCAUCAAUUAUCUGGGAAUGUAGAAAAAUUUGAUGGAAAUUUAAUCAAAUCGAAAGCUGCAUACAUGGUGGAGUGUAUAAAAUGUUUCUUAGCACAAAAAGGAAAUUUUCACUCUUUGGAAUUAUUGCACAACAUUGAGAGUUCGAUAAAUCUGUCUUCACAUGAUGAUAGAAAAAACAUAGCUGUAAUGUUUUUGUUAACAACAACAAGAGAUAAAACGAUGAAAAUGAAUGAUCCCAAAAUUAAACAACUUUUCGAAAGUUUCUCCUUUCAACAUUUACAGAAUUUAUUUAAUAUGGCUGAGCAAUUAAGAAAUGAUCUUCCCAAAAACCUUCUAGAUUAUGUGUUGGGAAAAUCGAAUAAUGUAAAAGAAUGGAAAGGUUAUAAUUACGUUACAGAAUCACUUAGCAAUCAUUGUAAUGAGAUUCCAAGUUAUUUUUUUGCCAAGAUGCAAAAGAUUGAUGAUGCAAAGAAGUCUUCAAAGGCAGAUCACUCAUUUAGUAUGGCUUAUCAAGACGACCAAAAGAAAGAUUUAAAUGUUAAUGAUAAUUGGCUGGAAAUGGCUCACGAAAAAUAUGAAUCCAUUUUACCAGGAUUUUCAAAAGAAGAUUUCUGUAAAUCCAUGUUUCAUAUAUUAGCAUCCCAAAGAAGUGAUAAUGAGCUUCAAAAUGAGUUAUUUGAAAUGUUGGGGUUUGAUGCCUUUGGGUUGAUAUCUGAUAUGUUGAGUAAUAGGAAUAAAAUAAUAAAUUGCGGAUUGGAUUUAUCCAAAAUAAAUGCAAAGCCUACCACAAUGUUAGAAAACGAUUUUAAACGCCAAAAGAAAUCAACACCAGUCGUUACAUCACAAGUUACAGUUGAAUUGGAGAGCGAAAAAGCGAACAAAAAGAUGAUGAGAAAAUUGGAAAAGAAAAUGGAAAAAAAUAAGGAUUAUUACGAAACGCAAGAAGAGGAAAAAAAAGUUUCUGAAAGUGAGAGUUUAACAAAAAUGAUUCGAUCAGCAGCUGCCCUACAACAUCGACAGUAUCCUCAUGUCCAUGAUUCGCAAAGGGAUGUUCAUAUUAAAACCAUGGUUUGUGGUCAAUUAACAAAUAUACCUCACGAUGCAAUAAAAAAAUCAAACCAAACCUACGACGAAAUAACGCUUCCUCCGCCAAAUAAAUCCAGCGAGCAACCCAUAAAAUUCGUAGACCGAAUACAAGUUUCAACAAUGGAUAAAAUUGGAAAAAUGGUUUUCAAAGAUAUCGAUUCAUUCAAUCACAUUCAAUCGGAAGUUUAUCCCAUAGCAUACCACACAAACGAAAACAUGUUGAUUUGCGCCCCAACAGGCGCUGGAAAAACCAAUAUAGCCCUUUUAACAAUCGUCCAGCAGAUAAAAAAUUUCCUCGAAAACGACGUCGUACGUUUAGAUCGAUUCAAAAUCGUCUAUGUUUGUCCCAUGAAAGCUUUAGCGAAUGAAAUGACGAUGAAUUUUAGCAAAAAACUAAUGCCACUUGGAAUACAAGUUAAAGAAUUAACCGGCGAUAUGCAAUUAACUCGAAAAGAAAUCGUCGAAACACAAAUGUUAAUUACAACACCAGAAAAAUGGGAUGUAAUCACUAGGAAAGGAACCACCGAUGCCGAAUUAACGAGUUUACUCAAACUAUUAAUUCUCGAUGAGGUUCAUCUUUUAAAUAGCGAUCGAGGACCGGUUAUUGAGGCGUUAGUAGCGAGGACGCUUCGGCAAGUCGUCAAUUCACAAAAUAUGAUAAGAAUUGUUGGAUUAUCGGCUACUUUACCAAAUUACAUAGACGUGGCGCAUUUUUUGAGAGUAAACCCCGAAGUCGGUCUCUUCUAUUUCGAUUUACGCUACAGAUCGGUUCCGUUAACGCAAACAUUCGUCGGAAUAAAAUCGACGAAACAAGUUCAAAUCAAUUUAGAUACAGAUGAGACGUGUUUCAAUAAAGUUAUUGAAUUUUUACGCGGCGGACAUCAAGUCAUGGUUUUCGUUCACGCCCGAAAUCAAACGAACAAAACUGCAUUAACCUUAAAAGAAAUGGCCACUAAACGGAAUUUAAUUAAUUUAUUUGAACCCGACGAUUCCAUGAAAGCGAAAAGAGCUUUAGCUAGCGUUAAAAAUAAAAGUUUAGAAAAUCUUUUGCCGUACGGUUUAGGAGUACAUCACGCUGGAAUGCUUCGAAAAGAUCGAAACGAAGUCGAACGUUGUUUUUUACAAGGUGCUAUUAAAGUUUUGGUUUGCACAGCUACGUUAGCUUGGGGUGUUAAUUUGCCAGCACAUGGUGUUAUUAUCAAGGGAACGAAAUUGUAUGAUUCGAAAAAGGGCGCUUUCGUCGAUUUGGACAUUUUAGAUGUUAUGCAGAUAUUUGGAAGAGCUGGUCGACCUCAAUUUGAUAAAUCUGGAACUGGAAUAAUUAUUACUACACAUGAUAAAAUGCAUUUUUAUCUUAGUUCUAUGACUAACCAAAUUCCUAUUGAAAGUAAAUUGUUGAAUGCUUUAACUGAUAAUUUAAAUGCAGAAAUUGUCCUUGGUAGUAUCUCAAACAUACAAGAAGCUGUAGAAUGGAUGACUUUUACUUAUUUAUAUCGAAGAAUGCGUAUAAACCCUUUGGUUUAUGGAUUGCAAUAUUCUGAUUUAGAGGAUGACCCUGAUUUGAGAGGUUCAAUGCUAAAUUACGCGCACAAAGCCGCACAAUUAUUAGAUAGGGCGCACAUGAUUCGGUACGAUCCAAAGAACGGCGAUUUAACUUCGACGAAUUUGGGCAGAACGGCGAGCUAUUAUUACAUUAAUUUCGACACCAUAGAAGUUUUUAAUGAAACGAUUAAUCCUACAAUGACUGAAGCCGAUAUCAUAACUAUGAUGUGUUUAGCUUCUGAAUUCCAUCAAAUACAGGUGCGUCAAGAAGAAUUGGAAGAUUUAGAGCAGUUAAUGGAAACUUAUUGCGAAUUCUCAGUCCCUGGUGGUUCUGAAAACGUCCAUGGAAAAGUUAAUAUAUUAAUGCAAACUUACUUAUCGAGGGGAUACAUAAAAUCGUUAUCUUUAGCUUCUGAUAUGGAAUAUAUCACUCAGAGCGCUGCAAGAAUAGCAAGAUCAUUAUUUGACAUAGCCAUACAUCAAAACAAUGCUUUAUUAGCCGGUCGUUGUUUAUUAGUUGCGCAAAUGUUUGAGCAACAAAUUUGGCCUUUUCAAUCAGCACUCAGACAAUUCAAAUACCUCGAAGGUCCAGUAAUUGGUAAUAUAGAACAAUACGGUUUAACGAUAGAUCGAAUUCGCGAUUCUGAUGAGAAACAGAUCGCUCAAUUAAUUCGAAACGUCAAAUCAGCCUCGAAAGUGAAACAUUGCGCCGAUUCGUUCCCUUCAGUUGAUGUAGAGUCAACCUUACAACCGAUAACGAGAGGAGUUAUAAGAGUUAAAUUAUUCGUUAAGCCCUCGUUUAAAUGGAGCAAUACUUAUCAUGGAAAAACCUCGGAAAAUUUUUGGAUUUGGGUUGAAGAUCCCGACAACGACACUAUUUAUCAUACUGAAAGUGUGAGUGUUACAAAAGCAAUUGUUGUUAAAGAGGACGUUAUUGAAUUAGUUUUUACAAUUCCGCUUAUUGAACCAAGACCGUCGCAGUAUCUAAUUAGGAUUAGCAGUGACAAAUGGAUGGGUGCUGUGUACACCCACCCUUUAUCAUUUUUAGACUUAAAACUUCCAGAAAGUUACACUCCACACACGGAUCUUUUAGAACUCCAGCCGUUAGAAAUAACGUGUUUAAACAAUCCCAAAUACGAAUCUUUGUAUCCAUUCACUCAUUUCAAUCCGGUUCAAACUCAAAUAUUUCACUGUUUAUAUCACACGGAUAAUAACGUUUUAUUGGGGGCUCCGACCGGAUCGGGAAAAACGAUUGCGGCCGAAGUAUGCAUUUAUCGUUUGUUUAACAAUAAGCCAGAAUUAAAAGUUGUCUACAUAGCCCCGCUAAAAGCACUCGUAAGAGAGCGAGUCGAUGAUUGGAAGCGGAAAUUUGAACGAAUUUUGGGUAAAACAGUCGUGGAGAUGACGGGCGAUGUCACACCGAGUCCGCAAACGAUCGCGGCAGCUCAAGUUAUCAUAACAACACCGGAAAAGUGGGAUGGUAUGAGUAGAGGUUGGCAGAAUAGGCAUUUUAUUAGAGACGUCGGAUUGAUGGUUAUUGAUGAAAUACAUUUGUUGGGCGAAGAUCGAGGUCCUGUUUUGGAAGUGAUUGUAUCGAGGACUAAUUUUAUUUCAGAUCGUACUGGUAGAAAAAUUAGAAUUAUUGGGUUGUCUACAGCGUUGGCAAAUGCUAAAGAUUUGGCUACUUGGCUCGGUAUUGGAGAGAUGGGAUUGUACAAUUUUCGACCUUCAGUACGUCCAGUACCUUUAGAAGUCCACAUUUCUGGAUUUCCUGGUAAACAUUAUUGCCCUCGGAUGAUCUCGAUGAAUCGUCCAACUUACCAAGCGAUUCGACAACACGCCCCCGAUAGUCCAGCCUUAAUAUUUUGCUCUUCACGUAAACAAACUCGCCUAACAGCUUUCGACCUCAUCACCUAUCUAGUAACAGAUUCCGAUCCGAAACAGUGGAUCCAUUGCGAUGACGAUGCAAUUUCAGCGAUCGUUUCUAACAUUAUCGACGUCGAUUUGAAACAAUUUUUAACAUUCGGAAUCGGGAUUCACCACGCUGGUUUGCAAGAACGCGAUCGAAAAACAGUCGAGGAGUUAUUUGUUAAUCAACGGAUUCAAGUUUUAAUUGCUACAGCAACGUUGGCGUGGGGUGUGAAUUUUCCAGCCCAUUUGGUCGUUAUUAAAGGUACCGAAUAUUUUGAUGGUGCUAUAAAAAGAUACGUUGAUAUGCCCAUUACGGAUGUGCUCCAAAUGAUGGGUAGAGCUGGUCGUCCCCAAUUCGAUACUUCAGGGGUAGCUUGCGUUUUUGUUCACGAUAUAAAAAAGAAUUUUUAUAAAAAGUUUUUAUACGAACCAUUCCCUGUAGAAUCUAACUUAUUACAAGUCCUCCCCGAUCACGUAAACGCGGAAAUUGCAGCAGAAACGGUGCCUACUAAAAUGAAUUUGAUGGAAUAUUUAACGUGGACGUAUCUAUUUAGGCGAUUAUUAGAGAAUCCUUCUUAUUAUAAUCUCCAAGACGUCGAACCCGAACGGGUUAAUUCAUAUCUAAGCGAGUUGGUUGAUGCGGUUAUUAAUGUUUUGAUCCAAAGUAACUGCGUUGAGGUCUCACCUGGGGAUUCAGGAAUUCAUUACGAAUCAACAUUCUAUGGACAAAUCGCCUCUUAUUACUACUUAUCGCACAAAACAGUUCUACAUUUUCAAAAUACAUUAAAACAUGACAGUAGCAUCAUGGAACUUUUAAACGUUAUGUGUAACGCCGAGGAAUACUCUUUAUUUCCGGUUCGACACAAUGAAGAUAAAAUCAAUAUUGAACUAAUUAAACUACAUUCAAUUAAAGCGAACGGACUCGCGUAUGAUUCUCCCUAUUUAAAAGUGAAAAUCUUAAUCGAAAUGUACUUAAAUGACUUUGAACUUCCCAAUCAAGAAUAUACAGUUGAUUUAAAAUCGGUUUUGGAUCAAGCGCUGAGGAUUCUACAAGCGAUGAUUGAUGUCGCUUCCAAUAAUGGAUGGUUGUCUUGUUCAUUGAGGAUAAUACACGUUAUGCAAAUGAUUAUUCAAGGGCGAUGGAUUUACGAACCGGAUGUUUUAACGAUUCCUGGAAUAACAAAAUCGAAUUUGUCGGCUUUAAUGAAAGAGUUUAAUAAAGAUGGAAGACUUAGGUCAACGGAAAAUUUGGCUGGACUCAAAUUUUUAGAAAUUCGCCACUCGAAAGGUUUAGAAGAGGCGCUAAUAAACGUAUUUGGAUCUAAAAAAAGUCGCGAAGUGAUUAAAUCCAUCCAAAAUGUACCGUGGAUUGAUAUUAAUGUAAAUAUUUCGAAUGCGGAUGAUGCAUUAGAUGCGAAAAUUGAUGAUGAGAAAGAUUUAAUCGACGUUUUUCCUGGUAAAGAAUUUGAAGUUAAAGUGCAUAUUAAUAAAAAAGGAUUCGGAAAAGAUAAAAGUGUUUUGCAAUCAUCGAAAUUUCCAAAGAAAAAAGAUGAAGGUUGGUUUAUGAUUUUGGCUGAGACAACAGGCGAUGAAUUAAUCGAUAUUAAAAGGUUUAAUGUGCAUAGAAAGUGUUCGGUUUCUUUGAAAUUUGAGUCCCCUUCAAAAUUGGGCACCUACCGUUACGCUUUGUAUUUAAUGUCAGAUUCUUACGUCGGAUUAGAUCAACAAAUCGAUUUUAAAAUACGUGUUAUCUGUUGAAAAGUAACUGCGAUUUUUGUUGCUGUGAUGUUAUAAAGGUAAACAUUUAUUUUUUUUGUUGUAUUAACUUAAAUAAAAAGUGAAUAUUUAA